GUGUGUGUGUGUGUGAGAGAGAGAGAGAGAGAGAGAGAGAGAGAGAGAGAUGGCAUUAGAAACUGUGGUUUACCCACAAGACCAAUUUGGUUAUGGUAGCAAGGAGUACUUUUACAACUUGAUAGAAGGUGGUGUUUGGCACUAUGAUCACUUUGGUAAUUUGCAAGAAGAAGAAGAUAAAGCUGAUCUUGUUGGGGUUCUUGCAAAUAUGGAGCAUGCAGGUCUCAAUAAUGGGAAUAAUUUGGACUCCUCAUCUUCUUCAGCCAUGCAAAAUGUGAAGGAAUGGGAUCCCAAUUCUUCACCAGAACCACCCGUGGCCGCCGCCACAUCCGGUCGGCGCAAACGGCGGCGUACCAAGAGCUGCAAGAACAAGGAGGAAUUGGAGAACCAGAGGAUGACCCACAUCACCGUCGAGCGCAACCGACGAAAACAGAUGAACGAGUACCUCUCCGUUAUCCGAUCAUUGAUGCCAUCUUCUUAUGUUCAAAGGGGUGACCAAGCAUCAAUUAUUGGAGGAGCCAUUAAUUUUGUGAAAGAGCUAGAGCAACACCUCCAAACCCUAGAAGCCCAUAAGAGGAAUGAUGAUCAAGUACAUCCCAACAUUAACAAUGAUUUCUUCUCUCCACUUUUCGCCAAUUUCUUCGCCUUCCCACAAUACUCCACUCGUUCAGUUCAUGACCACAAGAAUUCGCCGGCGACGAUGGCCAAUGAGGCCGUGUCCGAGAGCCCGUCGGCGUUGGCUGACAUUGAAGUGACCAUGGUGGAGAGCCAUGCCAACCUCAAGAUUCUUUCGAAGAAAAGACCUAGACAGCUCUUGAAGAUGGUGGCUGGCCUUCAGUGUCUUAGGCUCACUGUUCUUCACCUUAAUGUUACUACAGUUGAUCAAAUGGUCCUCUAUUCACUUAAUGUUAGGGUUGAGGAUGGGUGCCAGCUGAAUACAGUAGAUGAAAUCGCCGACGCCGUGAAUCACUUGCUCGGAAGAAUUCAAGAAGAAGCUGUUUUGUUCUUAGAACCCUAAGUUUUUAUUGUGUAAUUUGGGUCAUUCUAUAUAAUUAAGCAUGAAUUUCAUAUUUUCUAUGUUCUUACUAUUUUUUUUAUCUAUUUAUUUUUUACUCUUGGAGGAAUUGAUUGUUGACAUAGUAUAAAAAGAGUGGAUAGAGUCCUGAAUUUGAAUUAG